UUAGAGUUUAUAGGUUCGUUGUAUCAUAUUUUAUUUGGUAUAAUGGAUGAAGAUGACAGGGAACAGUUAGAGGAAGAUAUGAAAAACUUAUUAGAUAAUCAGAGGAACAUGGAUAAAUUGGUUCAAAAGCAAACGUCAGUUGUUGAUUCAACUACUAAUUUAUUAAAAAGAACAACCGAGGAUGUUAACGCUAAUUUUAAAAGUAUGCAAGUAAGAAUUGAAAACAUGACAGAAGUUCUUAAAGAGAGUUACUAUGUUUACAAAGAAUCGAUAAAAUUCUUUAUGAUAACUAAACAGCUUCACUCCUUGAUUGAAGAAGGUGAAAAAGUUCAAUCAGGGAUUAUAAGCCUUUUAAUUGAUAUUAAUCACGGCAGACUAAACACAAACAUACUUAGGCCAAAUCAGCUAAAAAUUGAGAUUGCCAAGAUUCAGGAAAAUCUGUCGGAAAAUCUAAUAAUUCCAGGGAAAAGAUCAGGAACGGAACUAAAGGAGGUAUAUACCUUAUUAACAGCGAGAGGAUUGUUUAUAGAGAAUAAAUUAAUCAUCACUGCAAAAGUGCCUUUGUUCAGUAGGCAUCCGUCUAAAUUGUUUAGACUAAUUCCGUUGCCUAUUAGGAAUGUAGAUAAAAUAAUAAUGGUACACAUAACUUCCGAAUUUUUAAUUUAUAAUUUUGAAAUCGAUUCGUAUCACAUAAUGAGCGAAGCAACUUUAAAUCAAUGUCAAAAAUGGCAACAAAAUAAAAGGAUAUGCCAAGGAAGUUGGCCCUGGAACUCCGCGAAUGACAACGCAUGUGAAGUUCAGCCGUUAAAACCAAAUAGAGCUUCGAAUUGUGUAUACAAAACAGUAGUGGAUGCCACAAGUUACUGGGUAGAGUUGGAAAAGAAAAGUAGUUGGUUGUUUAAGGUUCCGAUAGGUACUAAAAUAAGAGUAAAAUGUUCUGGGUCUCAAAUGGAGUUGUCUGAACUGCCUGAGCAAGGGAUUUUAAGUAUUGCACCGUAUUGUACAGCAAGAACGGAUGACAAAAUGUUUAUAGCCCAUCAUAAUAUUCAAUCGGAAAGUGAAGAGACACUGUCAACACCAUACAUAGGAGAGGUUAGUGAAUUCCGAAAAUAAUGUGGGAUCCGUUAAAGUUAACGCCAUUAAAUCAUACAAUUGAAAUUGAUAAAUUAAAGAAAGAAAUUAAAGAGCUUAAAGAAAACCAUCCACAAUUAAAGGAUUUACAUUUCCAUCAUAUUUCCGGACAUGCUGGUCUUAUAUUGUCAUUAAUAGUUUUGGGAAUUUUUAUAAUAUACCUUGUGAAAAAAAUGUUUUGUUAGGCAAAGAUUACAAGCCAUAACUUUCGCAGGCCCGUUGCAAGGAAUUUAAAGUAAAAUAGUUAAGUUAAAAAAAAAAAAUGUGUAUUGAAAAAUAAUAAAUUUACAGUCCACUAAACCGUUGUUUGCACAAUUGUCAAAAAUAAUUGUAAAGCUUCCCGGGCCUUUGGCAGAAUGUUCAUCAGAACACGAAGUAUUUUAUUAUUUAAGAAAGAAUAAAUCAAACCAAUGUUAGAGUUAAGCUAUAAGAGAAUUACAUGUCUAAGCUGAAAAAUAUAUAUGCACAAAAAGAGCAAGAUUUGAGUUUAAAAAAUAAAAUUGAAUAAAUAAUUACAGUCCACUAAAUCGUUAAAUCAUAACUAUUCAUAUAUUAAAAAUAUAUCAUUCUUGCCGGCCUUUGGCAGUAUGUUCAAACAUGAACACGCAUAUAUACAAAUGUAUAUUUAGGUAGCGGAAUUGUAGCCGCACCAAAUGUCUCACAUGUGUGCAUACCUAAAACAACGAGAUAAAAUGGUUGUAAAAUGACCCCCUGCGAGUGGUCACCACAUGUUUAGGGAUAAGUGCGAUCGGAGUAAUUGCUAUCUCCUCUAUCGCCCUUAAAGAUAAGAAUAGUUGUAAAUCUCAUGUUAGCUAUUUAAGUAGAACAUAUUCUUAAAUAAAAUCAGUUUUGAAAUAUCAACUCAACAAAGAAAGACGUAUUUAUUCGGACGUUC